AUGGACUAUUUGAUAUAAGAUUUGUAAAAAUAGUAAAAAUAAAAUCCAAAAAAGAUAGAUCUAUUUAAUUUGGAAACAAUUACAAAUAUGAAUUUAUCUAAUAUGGAAUCGAUUAUUAGAAAAUAUGAGCAAUUAAAAUUGGAAUAUUAAGAAACAACCAACAAUAAUUCUUAAAGAUCAUAAGAUGAUACAUUUAAUUCAUUAUAUCUUAAAUGUUGCAAUGAAAAGAAAAGUAAGCAAUCUACGACAUAAUCUUAAAAGAAAUCGGUAACUACUAUGAAUACGAUUUAAAAUAAAGAUUACUACGCAGAUAAAGCCAUUCAUUUGCAACAUAAGAUAGAGUAGCAUUCUCAUUAUGAAUUGUUAAGUUAGUUAAAGUAGUUGGAACUAGAACAAGAAAGUUUGCAUUCUGAUUAUAAUGCAAUCAUAAAAAAAAAUGAAAGAUUAAAGUUAGAGAUCUAAGACAAUCAAUAGAGAGUAAAUGAAUUGAGAGAAUUAUAAUUAUAAUUGAUUGAUGAAUUCAAAUAAUUUAAUUGA